UUUUCUCUCCCACCAUCAAACGAGCACAAAACCAAAACAAACAACAUUCGCGCGUGUGUGUAGAAAAACGGCUUCAUGCGUAGUCGCGUGUUCUAGAGACUCUGAUGCAAUCACUAGUUAUCGCCAGUGACGAUGCGAAUGGUGGGAUUUUGUUUAGAGAGAGCAACAAAAAAGUCCCAUUCAUUGAUCACACGACUCAUUGAGAAACUAGUCGUUCGUCAUUAGUUCAGUAGUCAGUGCAGUUGCAGCGAGCUUGAAAGGAAUCAAAAAUGCGAAAAAUAGUUCAAUUUGUAGUUCAGCGGAUAAACCCAAGAAUUCCGAAAGGCAACAACCGUUUGUAUUCGUCAUCCGUGCCAAAGAAUUCCCCAUCAGAUGACACACCAACGCUGCGUCGAAUAUGGAAACUAAUGUUUGGAAAGUACCUGCUGGUCACGAACACGGUCAGCUCCGGUGGGCUCAUGAUGCUGGGGGAUGUUGUGGCCCAGGAGCUUGAAAAGAGACGCCACGGAACGGCGCACACCCAGCCGGGUUACGAUUGGUAUCGAAUAGGUUGCAUGACCCUGGUGGGAAUAUCCCAGGGCCCGUUGCAUCACUAUCUGUACAAGUGGAUGGACCGCAUUCUGCCCGGGGCCAGCGUUUCGACAGUAUUCAAAAAGAUCGGCAUCGACCAGUUUGUCAUUUCGCCGAUCUUCAUCGUGACCUAUCUGUACAGUGCGGGGCUGCUGGAGGGAAGUAGCGUGCGCGAGUGCACCGACGAGAUAAAGGAUAAAUACUGGACCAUUUAUACGGCGGAUUGGCUGGUCUGGCCGCCGACGCAGUUUAUCAACUUUUACUUUAUCAACCCAAAGUAUCGAGUGUUGUACAUUAACGCGAUUACGAUGUUGUACAACGUGUUUUUAUGUUACAUUAAGCACAACGAGGAUCUUCGGAUAAAUUUAGUUGGUUCGGAUGAUAUUAAGAAGGAUUAAAGCUAGUACUUAAGUAGAAAAUGGUGCUUGUGAGUGUAAAUAAAACAGUCAAAGUGGUGUGUUUAA